AUGAGCAUCAAGCAAUGUGAAGACGAGACGCUGAGAUCCUACAUAACUCGUUUCAACAAGGAGGCCCUUUCAAUUGACGAAGCGGAUGAUAAGAUACUCAUAGCAGCAUUCACUAAUGGGUUACAGAAGGGUAAGUUCAUGUUUUCUUUAUACAAAAACGACCCAAAAACCAUGUCGAAUGUGCUCUACAGAGCCACAAAAUACAUGAACGCGGAAGAUGCAUUGCUGGCCCGUGAGGAGAAGCCCAGAAAGAAGGAAAGACAGGAAGACACACGACAAGAUAAGGGGCGAAAGAUGGCUAGAACCGGAGAUCGAUGA